UUUUGUUACUUUCUUUUCAACUGUGUUUUCGUGUCUGGUUUUUGUCAUAUUCUUCUCCUAAAACCAUGGCGACCAGUUUGAUUCGACGGGCGAUGAAUAUGGCAUCACGAGUGUCAUCACCAACGGUGGCUCCGGCGUCGAGGAUGGUGGUGGUUAGGCCGUACGCUAGCGAAACAGAAGCUCAAAAGGUGGAACCAAAAGCCGCCGCCUCCCCCAACAUGAAGACCUUCCAAAUCUACCGAUGGAAUCCAGAUAAUCCUACCAAACCCCAGCUCCAAGACUACAGAAUCGACUUAAAAGAAUGCGGGCCUAUGGUCCUUGACGCCCUCAUCAAGAUCAAGAACGAGAUCGACCCGUCGCUCACCUUCCGCCGCUCCUGCCGUGAAGGAAUCUGCGGCUCUUGUGCAAUGAACAUCAACGGCUGUAACGGCUUAGCUUGUCUGACCAAGAUCGAAUCAGGAUCGUCGGAGACCACCAUAACGCCUUUGCCGCAUAUGUUCGUGAUAAAAGAUCUGGUGGUGGAUAUGACCAACUUUUAUAAUCAGUAUAAGAGUAUUGAACCGUGGUUGAAGAGGAAAAACCCGCCGCCGACGGCGGGAAAAGAGAUUCCGCAGAGUAAAAAGGAUAGAGCUAAGCUAGAUGGGAUGUAUGAGUGUAUUUUGUGUGCUUGUUGUAGCACUAGCUGUCCCAGCUAUUGGUGGAAUCCCGAGUCUUAUCUAGGUCCUGCUGCUUUGCUCCAUGCAAACAGAUGGAUAAGCGACAGCCGUGAUGAAUACACAAAGGAGAGAUUGGAGGCCAUAAAUGAUGAGUUUAAGCUGUAUCGUUGCCAUACAAUAUUGAACUGUGCUCGUGCUUGUCCAAAGGGGCUGAACCCGGGAAAGCAGAUCGCACACAUCAAGCAUCUUGAGCUUACUGCUUGAAGUCUUAAUCUCCACAAAUAAGAUGUUAAAACCAGUCAAUCUGGAUUUUUUUUUUCUUGUGAGGAUUCCUUGAACAAUUUGCUUUGAUUUAAUAAUUGUAUUCUCCCUCACAAUUGUACUUAAUCUUGUUGUUCAAGUGCUGAUUUUGGUUCAA